GCGGCCGCCCGGCCCCGGGCCAUGGCGCUCCCCGCCCCCCUUGGGCAGCCGCCGCGCAGGCGCCCGGUGAAGGGGGCCGGCGGCUUUGCCGGGGCAGCCACGGCGUUGGAGGCCGAGAGCCGGCACCCAGAGCUCCGCCAUGCCCGUGCGCUUCAGGGGCUUGAGCGAAUAUAAGAGAAACUUCAGAUGGAAAACCCCAGAGUUGUGUAGCCCAGACCAACAGCAGAAAUCCCAGUGGGCAGGACUUCGGUCGGAUCAGUUAGGAAUCACAAGAGAACCAAACUUCAUUUCCAAGAGAAGGGUACCGUAUCAUAAUCCACAAAUUUCAAAGUCCUUUGAAUGGGCAGCAGAUUGUGAUUUGGAUGACCCACUUGAAACUGAGGCUCUUAAGACUGCAGAGUUGCACACAGACCAUAAUAAUGAUGUGAAUCAGGAAAAAAUUGAAACACCAGAAGGACCAAGGCUCCCCCCAAAAGUUCGGUCGCGUUCUGCAGAUUCUAGAGUUGAAACUGCUCUUGCCCUUCCAGAAAACAAUAUGAAGAGAUCGCCAACUGUAGCUCCACCAAAUAGAAAUGAGGCAUUUGUGUCUUCAAAAAAGGAAUCAGAAAAAAUGGAUAACGGGCUUCACAGAGUGCUUCAGAGGAAAGCAGGCAUGAAUAUUCCACGGUUAAAUACUUUCCCCAGAAAUUCUGAAUAUCAAAGCCAAUUUAUUUGGAAGAGUCCUCAUGAAAAGUCACCAAUACUUGCAGCUGAAGAGGUUAUUUGCAAUACGAAUAAAUCCAUACCUCCGUUCAAAUCUCCUGCAAUUACUUCUGAAACAGAACAUGAGAAAAAUUUCAAAGGCUCUCCUCCUGCUAAGAGCCCACAAGAGAGAUGCUGUUCCGAAGAGAAAGAAUCGCUGGGUUGUGAGCAAAGUAAGAGGGAAGAACCACUUCAUAAGCCAGCAGAAGAUGCAUCAAAACGAGGGAAAUCAGAGCAGAAACAUCCUAAACAAAAAAAUAAGCAGCAUAUCAGUCAAAAGCCCCUCUCUUUACGUACAAAUCAUGGAAAGAUGAACACUGAAUAUAGGUCAAAAUUUUUGUCUCCAGCCCAGUAUUUCUACAAAGAUGGAGCUUGGUCUCGUAUUAGGAGUAAAGUUCCCAAUCAGGCAUCUCAAAACCCCCUAAAUUCCAUGUGGUAUAUGGAGGUGAGAGAACUUCGAGCAAGAGCAAAGGCUUACAGACAGCGAAUAGAGGGAACACACUUCUCCCGAUACCAUCUCAACCAGAUCCUGUCUGAUAAUAACAGUCUUUGGGAUGUGUCCUCAAGUUCCAGUUCAGAAGAAGGCAUCAGCAAUGACAUUAGAGCACUAGAUCUUGCUGGCGUUUCUGAAAAAGAGACUGCACCAAGGCCAAAGAUGCUGCAGGAGCCUGACGCCAGAGAACAGGCACACGAGAAUGGCCCUGAGAAAAAAGGCAUGUCAGAUGCUUCAACUGUUCCAGUCAAAAGGCGUUUAGUUUGGGGUGAACAAGAAGCUACUGAGGAAAAGGAGAAUCAGCAAUCCACAGAAGAGGAAGAAAAAGAAAACGAAAAAGCUGCAGUUGUGGUGCAGAAUUUAGAAGAAAACAAUAAGGACACCAACGAAGAUAACGAAGUUGAAGGUGAGAAAGCCUUACUGCCGAAUUCUGCAGCUGUGUCAGAUUCUUCUUCUGUAUCCUCGGAGCCAGGCGGCCGACUUCCUACUCCAAAGCUGAGAGCACUUGGUAGAGCACAGAGGACUCAUCAUGAUCUCACCACCCCUGCUGUUGGAGGCGCGGUUCUAGUGUCUCCUCCUAAAUUCAGGUCUUCGUCUUCACAGCCGAGAGUGCGAGGUUUAGGAACAGACCCUUCUUCAGCUAAGCAAGGUAUAAGAGAGGCUACAAAAAGAAGGUCCUUCCGGCCUGAUGUGGAAAUGAAAACUGUUUCACUCCUUACCUCUCCACCUGCUGGGCUGGGAACUUUGGAUCCUCUGCCGCUUAGGCAGGAUCAGUGGCCUCGUAACAGUGUUUCUGAUGAGCGAGUUUCUCAUAAUUCAGUACAUCAAGAACAUUCCUCUGUACCUCCUCUGCUGAAGUCAACCAGAAGCUGCCCUGUGUCUUGUUGGAGUCCCUCUCCUCGUAUUCAGGGGACUCUCAAGGAUCCUGAAUUCCAGCAUAACGGAAAUAUUGGGAAUCCAAAAAUUAGAUCUUUCCAGUUACCCCUUCAGGAAAGAAACUAUAACGAUGAAGAUGACAGGCUGUCUCAGAUUUCUGCUCGCUCGGCAGCUUCUAGCUCACUUGCAUCUCAGAUACUGGAACGAGCUCAGAAGAGGAAGGAGGACUUCUGGGGCAAGACAUAGACUCUCCCACCUGUUUUAUAGAAACUGUAAAAAUAUUUAUUUUUAUGGGUUGUAGUGUAAUUUUUUAAAAAAUGAUGAUUAUAGGUGCCAUGUAGCAUUCUUUCACUUGUCACUACUAUGGCUCAACUUCAGGACUUGCCAUCCCAAUUUAAAAUUUCAACAUUUAAACCAGUGUUGAAAAUAUAGGUCCUUUAUAUUUGAGAAUUAUGUUACACAGCCAUGUUUUUUUGUUUGUUUUGUUUUUAAUAGCACCUCUUGAAACUCAGACAAUUACUAUACCCAGUAACCUGUGUGUUACUUUUCAAGGUAUUCUGCUGCAGUCUGACAGUAUGAUGUGGGACAGUAUUCAGGGGCAACACUAUCAUUCACCAAACAUCUCAGUUGCUUGAUUUUAACCAGAUAUCUUAAAGGCAACUGUGGUGUAUUUGAUUCUGUUACUGUAUGUAGUGUGAGUACAAUACAGCACUAUCACAAAAUCUGUUGCUUUUGCUACUUACUACUUUUGGCCUGUUACCAAAAGGCCCUUACUACUUUUUAAGGAAGCUAAUACGGAACAUACAAGAGUUUCAGAAAAGGGCAUUAACCUUCAGGGUUUGUUGAUUGCCCACGUUUUUUUGGCCAGGAUGACUGUUAAAGACCAAUGCGUACAGUUCUGCAGCUUGUCAGAUGUAGCGAAAUGUUUUGUGGGCAAGACCCAUAUUUAGUGUUAAUGUCAGCUUCUCUAGAAAAAGCAACCUUAGCCACUUUAAACAGUGGUCUUUCCCAGCCCCUCUUCAACCUCAGGUACUUAGGGGUAGUUGAUAUCUUAGAAUAAAAGAAGAAUGUUUUAAUGACUUUGACAUUUUAAUUACCUCUUUCUAGUUGCCUGUUUAUGGGAGACUGGACUACUGUUACAGUUGUCACAGCAAAAAAUAUUUGUGAUUUAUGCUGACAGCCUGUUUUCUCUUUGCAACUGAUGCAAACAAAUUAACAUGAAAUAGAAGAAGUAGAUGGCUAGCAGCCAACUCUUACAGUGGUUUGUUUCUUCUUAGGUGGCUUCAAAUUUUAAUAAUAUUUAAUUUGGAAAUUUUGUACUAGAACAAUUUGAAUUUUGUACACAUUUGUAUGCAUUCUGAUUUUGUACACAAUUAAGUCUGUGUAAUACUUAAAUAAAAAAAGGUCAAGUUGGCUUUGUUUCUAUUCAAA